UCUUUUUUCUCUCUCCUCCAAUCCAAAGGAAGAGAACCUCGAAGCUUUAGAAUGAACCGGCCUCCCAACACCACCACCCCCACCAUCACUUCCACCCUCUCUUUCCCACUCCUUUCCUCUCCACUGCUCUGAUAUAUCCUAGCCCUAGGGUUUUCUUUCCAAUUUCAAUUUCAAUUUCAAUUUCAAUUUCGAUUUCGCUUUUUAGGGUUAGGUUCGGUGGGAGAGCCGGUGGGGUGGGUAAUCUUGGAGCUUCGUGGGAUCUUAAUGGGGGUUAGGGUUUGGAUAAGCGGGAUCUUCACGCUGCUUCUAUGGCAGAGCCUAAACUCCGCCGCUGAACCCAAUAUUUGCUCUCCGCACUCCCUCAUCUACUCGAUCUUCGGGUUCCCAGAGGGGAUUUGUUCUUUGUACGGCGAUUCUCGAUCCUUUGCUUUCAAUGGCGUUAUCGAGGGAGAUGAGGUUUCAUUGCAAAGGGCACUAAACAUGGUUCACAAGAAUAGUUAUGAUUAUGUGGCCGUGCUCUUCUACGCAUCUUGGUGCCCUUUCUCCAGGACAUUUAGGCCAACCUUCUCCAUCCUGUCUUCUCUAUAUCCUUCCAUCCCACAUUUUGCAAUUCAAGAAUCGGCGAUUAGGCCAAGGAUUCUCUCAAAGUAUGGAGUUCAUGGAUUUCCUACUCUUUUCAUUUUGAAUUCUACUAUGCGUGUUCGAUAUCAUGGCUCGCGAACCCCUGGUUCUCUCAUUGCUUUCUAUGGUGAUGUUACUGGCAUUAAGACUGCGUCACUUGAUCAAAUUUCACUGGACAAUAUUGGAAGCCCGCCAACUCAUGAGAAGCAUGGUAGUGCUGAGCAGGAAAGCUGCCCCUUUUCUUGGGCUAGGUCUCCAGAGAACCUGCUUCGUCAGGAAACAUAUUUGGCGCUAGCCACCGCAUUUGUGGUUUUGAGAUUGCUGCACCUGAUUUUUCCUUCACUGCUUUUAUUUGUUCGAUGUGCAUGGAGAAGGUACAUCCGAAACAUGAGAUUUGGCUCAUUGUUGGAGCAUCCUAUGGCCUAUCUCAAACGAGCAGUACAGUUGUCAAAUUCAUUAAAGGAGCCUUGCAAGAGGAGCAACUUGCAGGGAGGAGCAAUGAAUGCCAAAGCAUGGGCUUCCAAGUCACUUGCCACUGUUUCAAUUGGCGAUGCAAGCACUAGCCGGUGUAUGAAUGAGUGCCACUGACUUUCUUGGUACUUUCGGACAGAUCUCGGUUGCCCAUGAAUAGUCCAGCAGCAGAGCAUGUACCAGAAGGUUUCGUUCAAGAAAAUUCUCUCAGAAGCUCUUGAGUAGGGUUUAAUUUUUGGGGGGGUUCAACGUCAUACAAUGAAGAUGAAUAUGUAAACUAAAUCUUGAUGCUGUAGUAAUUCAUUUUUCGUUUGUUUAUAUGGUUAACAGGUUACGAUAUACUUGUCAUUCAAAUUGCUUUGGCACCGAAUUCUUGAAUAGGUCAAUAAUGAUUAGUGUAACCUACAUAUUUGUGACCAAGAACGUUUGGUUUCUCGUCAAGACAACGUUACGAAGAUA